AUGUCGAUUGCGAAUGUCGUCAAAGAGGUUACAUUAGUUGGAGAACAGAUUUUUGAUCAUUCUGCGGUUGUGAGUUUUUUUUUGCUUAUUUUGAAGUUUUCAACUGAAAAUCGAGGAAAAUUGCGAUUUUUCGAGUCAGAAAAAAGAGUCCUUGAAAAAUUUAUAAAUUUCUAAGAUUGUAGUUUUUUUUGCUAACAAUCUUGAAAAUUUUGUGUUUUUCGAAUCUGAUUUGUAAUUUUUGUCUGAAACUUUUGAGAAAAAUAUUCAUUUUCAAGGUUGGAAAAACAAAAAAAAAAGUUAAAGCUCACAACCAAACUUAAAAAUUUCAGAUUCGAAACGAGAUUGAAAAAUUUGUUGAUCGUUUCGAGAAAAAUGAAAGACAUCGCGAAUUUGAUGGAAUACUUCGAGCAAGUCAUGCUGUAAGUAGAUAUUUAUCUAAAUUUCCUCUUUUUAAAUCAGAAACCUCAUUUUUACAGUUAGUCGAAGCAUCGGAAACUCCAGUAGAAGCAUUAUUUGAUAUGGGAAAAAUGGAAAAAAUGACACAAGAAGUUGAUGAAUUGACUGAAAGAAUUACAAAGUUGUCAAAUCCACAAUAUAAGGAGGUAUGGGCUUUUUCGUGAGAAAAAAUUCAUCAAUUUUUGAUAAUUUCUAUUUUCAGGAACACGAUAAAUAUUUGGAAAAUGUGCAAAAUGAGCAGAAGAAAUAUGUUGAUGCGUGCAGAGAACAAGCUAUGAUUAAAAUGAGAAAUAUGGUAUCAAAUCGCUAA